AUGGCUUAAUAAACUCCGAAAUAAUGUAAAGCAAAUUUAGAUUAAUAAUCAACUUCAAAUUAAUAAAAUAAAGCAUGUUCUAUUAAUUAAUCUUAGAUAAUAGAAAAUGAUUUAAUUUCUUCAAAAAAGAAAGUAUGAUUUAAUCAAUUAUAUUUAGGAGGUCUAUGAAAGAAUAAUGAGUUCUUAAACAAAUCGAGAUAAUUAAACAGAAGUUUCUUAAUAUUUUGAUCAUUUAGGUGGUAAUAAAUUAAAAUUUAAUACUUUUCAGGUAAAUGCUUAUGUACAUUAUGUAACUGUGGAAAACAUAAAUGUAAUAGCAAGAAUUGUAUUAACAAACCUUAAUUACAUGGAAAUUAUACUAUAUAUCAAAAAGAGUUUGUGAAAAAGACUCCUGAAAAUGGAUCAAAAUGCAAUUAAAAUAUUUUUUAGUAGCCAAAGCCUAAAGGUGAUUUAGGAAAUGUAACAACUUAUAAAGUAAGUAGGGGGGAAUAUAUGAUUUUAGCAUGAUUUUCCAGGCUAUAAUAGUAAGGUAGAAUUAUAAAAGAACUCUUCAAAGCCUACAGUUAAUGAUGUUCCUUUUUCUGGAAUUUCAACAUACAAUAAUAUGUAUUUAAAUUGGGGAAUGGGAGAUACACCUCAAUUAUUACCAUAAAAUAAUCCUACUGUCAUUAAAGAAAUGCCAUUUAUGGGGAAAAGCAUUUAUAAGGAUAGUUAUUAAGGAACGUAAACUGUUCCAGUAUAAAGUUGUAAAAAUAUGAACAAAGCCUUAAAGUAAAUAAUCUAAAAUAAAUUUAGAUCACCUUUAUCACCCCCAGAUUUAAAAUUUUAUGCAGAAUCAAUUUCAAAAUCAUCAUAUAAACCAUACAAGCCAGAAAAAACUUAAAGUGCUAAAGGAAAUUAAGAUGUAAUAAAAUAAAAUAUUUUAAAGUCUAAAUUAAAUCCAUCUUAUAAUGGAUAAUAUAAUAGUGAGUAUCGAAAAGAGUUUGAUCCAAAACAUUUAAAUUAAUGUCCUGCUAAAGAAGUUUUAGAAGAAGUUGCUCGUAGCACUUAGUUUUGAACUCAAUUCAAUGAGUUUGAU